GUAUUUUCGCACGCUGCACGUACAGAUAUUUUCUACAUGUUUUGUAUGAUAAAUAUGUAAUAGAUGUUUUCUUGUCUGGUCCCCGCCCGCCACUCUUUGAUCACUCGUGAGUGAUCAAAGUCUGGCGGGGGGCGGACCAGACUUAUUCUACUUUCGUUUUAACCUAUUAUAGUAUGCAAUCUAUCGAUUAUAUUCCAGUAUGAGUAUGCCUAUCUAUUCGAAGAAAAUGUCGUAUAGCGAGGAUUUUGCUGAUGGUCUCCAAAAGCAGAGGGGAAGUGAGAAGUUCUGUGAUGUUGUUUUAGUGGCAGAUGAUGAGACUUUUCCCUGCCAUAAGGUCGUUUUGGCGGCUUUGUCAGAAUUCUUUGAAACAAUGUUCGACAGCCCCUUCAAGGAAGAAAAACAGAGAGAAGUGGUUAUAGACUUGAGUCCCGAGCAAUGCCGAACUCUUCUAGAUUUUAUAUACACAGGUAAAAAUGUUUGGGAAACAGUGGAUGACGCCAUUGAUAUGCUGCACUUAUCACAUAUGUACCAGAUACGUUCUCUAAGAGAACAAUGUUUGAAGUUCUUAUACGAUAAUAUUGACAAAGAGUAUUCCUUGCGGCUGUGGGAUGUCGCAAAACUUCUGGACCUCAGAGAUUUAGAGGAAAAAUCUUCCACGAUCAUUUCAAAAGAAUUCGCCUUGUUGUCUACAACAGAGGAAUUCCUGCAGUUAAAUCGACCCGAAGUUGUUGUAGAAUUGCUGGGAAAAAAAGAUCUGAAUGCGGAGGAGGAAACCAUUGUGAAAGCUGGAUUGAGCUGGAUCGAAAGUGACUUUGUAAACAGAGAAAUUCAUUCAGAUGUUAUAUGCAAAGCGCUAAAGACCAGUAGUGACAUAUUAAGUGACUUGCUCUCCGAAUGUGACUUUCCGCAGCUAAGAAAGAGUGGCAUUUUUACGGAGGCGAUGAGCAAAUAUGGACAGACACAGAAGGCAGACUGGGCAAGUCUAAACUUAGAAGAAUGUUUGGUUGUUUUGGGCGGGAACGACGAGGGCAGCAAUAGAAAUGUCAUCUGCUUCGGAUUUCGUCAGAAAAAAUGGUUUACACUGCCACCCAUGCAGUAUGAUCCCAAAAUGUAUUUCUCAGUAUGCACUGAUCGGUGUAAAUUAUAUGUGUCAGGAGGUUUUGGAAAAGGAACAGGUUUCUGUGUUUAUGACGCUAAAGAAAAUACUUGGAGAAAUCUUCUCGAUCUCUUAUCUCCUCGACAAAACCACUGCAUGGCGUUUUCCAAUGAGAAGAUUAUCGUCCUUGGAGGCACUGACACGAUAAACAACUCGAAUUUCAUCAAGGAAAUCGAUGUCUUUGAUGCUAGAAGAAAUUGCUGGAGCGAAAUCAGAACAACUAUUAAUCAAGUUGUUAAAUCGAGUGCCUUUUGCGUCUCUGAAGGGAAGGUUUUUCUCUUCGGUGGAAUCUGUCCGCUUGGUAAAAAGGCAGAAAAACUUCAGUAUUUUGACAUGCGAGAAGGCUAUUCCGCCGGAGAAAAGUGGUGCUUCAUUCCAGAACAAAUUCGAGUCCAGGCCCGAGCUGUGGUUGUGAACAACACAGUGCUUAUAAUAUCCAAGGAUGGCGAAAUUUUCCGUAUGAAAAAAAAUCGAGGCGAUUAUUCGUUUGAGAAAAGAGGAUGUAUCGAGAAAUUUCCAAGAAAAGGAUUUGGUGUUUGUGAAUUAGAUGGGAAAAUUCUCAUUGUUGGUGGUGAGAAGGAUUUUUCUAAAACUAAAGAUAUGGUGCAGUACAAACCAGAUGAAAAUUUCACGUUUACCAUGGAGGAGACGAUGCCUUUAUCCAUGAGUAACUUUUGCUAUGCACACAUGUUUGUAAAGAGAGAAAAUCUUACAAAUGAGUGUAGAAACCAGUUACUCACCAGGCAGCAGUGAAAACUUUGACCUGUGUACAGUUAUUCCAUGUAAAGAUUUUACUUAGAAUCAAUCCAAACUUGCAAUUAAUGAAAGAAGUAUUGGGAAGAAUUGUACGUUGGUGCGAUAUGAAUUACUAUCAAUUAUUGUUUGUGUGCAAGAUAAAGACGAAGUUGAAAUUAGCAUGAUUAAAAUUUGUUAUGAAUCCUAAAAAGAUUCAGAUGUAGAAAAAGGGAAAUAAAUCCAUUAAAUUAGAGUGAAUAUGAUUGCAACUUGAUACAAAUGUAAAUUAAAUGACAUGAAGAUGUGUGUGCCUUUGAUGAUAUAAAAAUCCUUUCUGCUAA